UAUUAAACACACGGAUGCGAGAAGACUGUUAGGCUACAGUAAUUAAUGCAAUUAUUAAAUCAACAAUAUGACGGUUCUACCGGAUGUUCUGUGUUUGUGUCUUCUGUGUUUGUUUGGAAAAACAUUUUGUGAUGAAAAAGGGUCAGCGGUUAUCUACGUGGACGAAGGGAGUGAUGUUAAGUUACCCUGUUCUCUCAGCACCAAAGACAACAUUGAGUCAAACCUGUUUGACUGGAGGAAAGAUGAUCAGAAGCAGGUGUUCAUGUAUGAUCGAGGCAUUCAUUACAAUAAUGGUCAUUCGGGUCAGAGUGAGCAGUUCAAAGUUCGAGUCUUUCAUUUUCCGGAUGAACUGAAGUACGGCAACGCCUCCAUACUCAUCAGAAAUGUGAAGGUGGCUGACAGUGGAGACUACACCUGUGAUUUUCCACUUCAGCAGAAAAGAGACAAAAUCCUCAUUAAGCUUGUUGUUGUUGCAUCUCCGGAGCCAUACGUCACAAUACAGUCUAUGGUCACAACGCUUGGUGAAAAAGAGGAUAGGGUGCUGCUGCAGUGUGAAGUUCGAGGUGCUUCUCCAGAACCUAGAGUAGAGUGGCAGGACGGUGCUGGAAACAUCCUUCCUGCUGAGGAGCCACUGGUCUCAGAAAGAGAAGGCAGCUUCUACAUCACCCUCCACACUACGGUGACCAAGACCGACCGCUAUCGCUGUGUUGUCACUCAAGAGGAAAUAAACCAUGUGACUGAUGCGAUGACUUAUGUGCCUGUUUGUGACAGCAGCGCGACCAUUAGGACCAGGACAAUAUAUCUUGUAGUAUCUGGUAUACUAAUAGUCAUGAUGGGAGCUAUGUUCGCAGCUAUAGCGAUAUUAAUUAAAAGAAUUAUAGACAGAAUGCUCCAGGAAUUCCAGAAACGCAAAACUGCCCAGGGUUAAAAUACUCCAAAGAAAAAUGAAGAGCAGCCACUGAUUGAGGAUGCACAUGGCUCAGAUGCAGCAGACCCCCUGACAUGUCUGACAAGCAGCUCUGAAGUAGGCCUACAGUAUACUGGUGACAGUUUAAUGCACUUUUUUUAAUCACUAUACAGUACUUUAUUUGCAGUUUUGUAAGUUGUUAGUUUUUUUAACAGGUAAACUACUUUUCCAACUUUGCUAUCAGCUGAUGGAAACCAAAUCACACCAUCCUACUCAGUUUGUUCUGUUUCAAUAAAAAUGAAGCAAUCAAUCUUUGUAAAAAUAAAUUACAGAAAUCUCUAUGUUGUUUAGAGGAAGUACUCAAAUUCUCAGAAUGUUGUCUUAAUAACUGAUUUUUUGGGUAUUAGUUUGAAAUCUGCCUUUACAAGCAACUAUUGUGAUUGCCACAGUGUGAGACUGUGCAUGGUAGAUCAGGACCUGUCCUUGAUGUCAGAGGUUGUGACUUUGAUCCCUGGUGAUGCAGAACAAACAUGCCAAUGCAUACUCAGGGAUUGGGUUGUGUGGAUACGAGACUUAAGUUUCAAGGUUUAAUGAUAACUGUAUUUUUAAUUUGUCUUCUUCCUCAUCAAAAUGCCCAGGCAAGACUGACAGCUGCGCAGCGGCAAUAAUUCUUUUUUGUUUUUCUUUAAUUUAGCGUUUUUUUUAUUAUUCAUUUAUCUAUUUUGCACUUUAUAUUUGUACUCUUGAUUUAUUUCUGUACAAGUCGCUUUGCUUUAAAUGUACAAUAUGUAACUUUCUGCUGCUAGUUGUCUCUCAACCAAAACAAUGGAUGGUAAACACAGACUUUUGAUGACGUUGGGAAGUUGCGUGGAAUUAUGGGAGUUGUAGUUUUUAUUGUUAAACGCCAUCACCAAUUAGAAUGCAUCUGUUGACAGACGAGUUUACCCAUUCAAGUUUAUUCACGUUACGUUUAGUAACGUUUAUUCAUGUCAUUCUAAUAAAAUAGCUGCAGUUUUCCCAACAUAAUUACGUUUUU